AUUUAUUUAAUUAUCUUUUUUCUUUAUUUCUUUGCUGUCAAUUUCAGGCUUUUAAGUUUUCAGAUGGAAGGUCUCAAAGCCCCACUCCCACCACAAUUUUUGCCUUCACAAAUGAGUGCUCCUCAGCUUCUCUGCCACUCCAGCUUCUCGGUUGCAAUAUCUUUCUUCUUCGCGAGUUUGUGUUUGGAGAGGUAGUUGAAACCCCUAUCGGCAAUCCAUGGAUACGUUACUCAAGACGCACAACAAGCUUGAAUUUUUGCCUCAGGUUCAUGGAUUUCUACAGAAAGAGGGCAAUUUGAGCUCCUCAAAGCAUCAAAACCAGAACUUUAGGUUUGGCUCAAGGAAGUCAUAUCCCAAGAGGGGUAAAAGUGGGUGUGUUAAAGCUAGCAGUAGUGCUCUUUUGGAGCUUGUACCUGAAACCAAGAAAGAAAAUCUGGAUUUUGAACUUCCCAUGUAUGACCCAUCCAAGGGCCUUGUAGUAGACCUAGCAGUUGUGGGAGGCGGCCCGGCUGGGCUCGCUGUUGCCCAGCAAGUUUCCGAGGCAGGACUUUCGGUUUGUUCAAUAGACCCUUAUCCUAGAUUGAUUUGGCCAAACAAUUACGGUGUUUGGGUUGAUGAGUUUGAGGCUAUGGACUUGCUUGAUUGCCUUGAUUCAACCUGGUCUGGUGCUGCUGUGUUCAUUGAUGACAAUGUCAAGAAAGACCUUGGUAGACCUUAUGGGAGGGUGAACAGGAAGCAGUUGAAAUCCAAGAUGUUACAAAAAUGCAUAUCCAACGGAGUUAAGUUUCACCAAGCUAAGGUAAUUAAGGUCAUUCAUGAGGAGUCGAAAUCCUUGCUGAUAUGCAAUGAUGGUGUCACAGUACAGGCUUCAGUAGUUCUAGAUGCAACUGGCUUUUCUAGAUGCCUUGUGCAGUAUGAUAAGCCUUAUAAUCCUGGCUACCAGGUGGCUUAUGGGAUAUUGGCGGAGGUGGAAGAGCACCCAUUUGAUGUAGAUAAAAUGGUUUUUAUGGACUGGAGAGAUUCUCAUCUGAAUGACAACUUGGAACUGAAACAAAGGAACAGUAAGAUCCCUACUUUUUUGUAUGCAAUGCCCUUCUCAAAAAACAGGAUAUUUCUGGAAGAAACUUCACUCGUAGCUCGGCCAGGAUUACCCAUGAAGGAUAUCCAGGAAAGAAUGGUGGCUAGACUAAAGCACUUGGGCAUAAAAGUGAAGAGCAUUGAAGAAGAUGAACAUUGUGUGAUUCCAAUGGGUGGGCCUCUCCCUGUUCUCCCUCAGAGAGUUGUUGGAAUUGGUGGUACAGCCGGUAUGGUUCAUCCAUCAACUGGGUAUAUGGUAGCUAGGACUCUUGCAGCUGCUCCCACUGUUGCGAAUUCUAUAGUUCAGUACCUUGGUUCUGAAAGGAAGCUUACAGGUGAUGAAUUGUCAGUAGAAGUUUGGAAAAAUCUAUGGCCCAUCGAGAGGAGGAGACAGAGAGAAUUCUUCUGUUUUGGCAUGGACAUUCUGCUCAAGCUCGAUUUACAAGGCACAAGAAGGUUUUUUAAUGCGUUCUUCGAUCUGGAACCUCGAUAUUGGCAUGGAUUCUUGUCCUCUCGACUGUUUCUGCCUGAGCUUAUAUUUUUUGGACUUUCUUUGUUCAGUCAUGCCUCUAACACUUCUAGAAUAGAGAUUAUGGCAAAGGGAACUCUUCCUCUGGCUAACAUGAUUGGCAACUUAAUACGUGAUGGUGAUUAAGGUAUUGAGGCUUCAUUUGCUGUCUGCAUGAUGUUGAUAUGGUUGAUGCAUCUGCGUCUUCAUGGUCUACGGAAAUUUCUUGCGGCAGAGAAGUGUUUUCGGAUAUAUUCCGGCUUCGUUGUUGUAAGUCUUGCAUUCUACAGAAAAUUAGUUUGGUUGUUCAUCAGUCUUUGUUUUUUUUUUUUUUUUUUUUCAGUUAAAACUGCAUUAGGUUCUGGUUGUAAAAUAGCUAGAAGUUACCUUGAUCAUUGUAACAGCCACAAGAAGAAUCCUUAUAGGCUUAUACUCUAAAUUUCUUGAGAAGUUUGCUUUUAGGAUU